UUGAUCAUAGGAUCACAAACUGGAAAGCAGUCAUCUGGCUUCUCAAAAUACACACUUUCAGUUCCUGUUCCGUAACUUCAUUUUUUUAAAUGAUAAACUGCAACAGCCAUUUUAAGUCGUCUUAAUACUUCCAACCUCAGUAAUUUUAGCUACUUUUUCACAUCAUGUUAUCGGACAACUAAGUCUUUUUUAAUUCUGGAGUGGCAGUAGUUUUGGGGAUUGCCCUCUGUACAUACACACACUAUUAGUUCAUUUUUUACUUUCAAAAUUUUAUGAGACAAUGAUAGUCUUGCAACUCCAGUUUUUAUUAGCUCUAUUCCUCGCAAGCCUCAUGGGAGAGGCCCAACAUGUAAUGCAAGAUGCAGCACUGAUGAACUACAUCGACCGGCGUAUCCUAUCUUUGGAGAACCGACUGGAAAAAUGUAACCAAGACAUACUGGAUUAUGUCGAAGAAUUCCGAGACUUUUCACAGAUGGUGCUGUCACGCCUGGCAGGACUGAACAAUUACGAGACUGAGGUUAAAAGUGAAGUAGAGAAUUUGCUGACAAGAGUUGAACGAGCACAAAGGGACAUAGACUAUUUUGGAUCUGUCACAGACUCUAAUACAUGUAUAGAAGUAGGUGAAGACCUGGUGAAACAGCAGCUAUUAGAAGCAGAAGAAGAAAAAAGGAAACUUAAACUCAUGCUUAACGCAAGUUGCGACCACAUGCUUGCAGGUGUAAAGUCCCUAAAGAUAGUUAAGAAGACGGGAGAUAAGCAUGGCUCUUGGAUGAAAGAUCCUGGCAAAAAGCAUACAAAGAUUUAUUUAUUAAAUAGUUCAGUAAAUAAUGUUAUUUUUGAAUUCGCAAAUAUCAUGACAUUCAUGGAAAGCAAUCAUACACUAAAAGCUCGCAGAAUCACCCUGCCAUUCCCCUGGGAAGGAACUGGCCAUGUCAUAUAUCAGGGUUUCCUGUUCUAUCACAGACACGGCUCCUUAAAUGAGAUAAUUAAAUUCAACAUCCAGAAAAGAAAUAUAGCUGAUCAAAUGGUCCUGCCAGGGGCUGGAAGGAUUCCUGCCUAUCAGCUUUCUCCAUCUACAAAAAUAGAUCUUGCCAUUGAUGAGCAAGGGCUCUGGGCAAUCCACUCAGAACCAGAGACUGGAGGCAACAUUGUUGUUACUAAAAUCAACCAUGUAACCAUGUCAGUGGAACACACUUGGGACACAUCAUGCAAUAGCAAGGAUGCUGAAGCAGCUUUCAUGGCAUGCAACACACUCUAUGUUGUGUACAACUUUCCUAGUGGAGGCACCUCACGCAUACAUUGUGUUUAUGAUGUUUUGGAUGCUGUAAAUACAUACGAAAUACCAGCACUGCAUUUUCCAAAACGUCAGGGUAGCCAUUCCACUGUACAUUAUGAUCCUAAAGAAAAGCAGCUCCUUGCCUGGGGUGAUGGAUCUCAGAUCAUUUACAAGCUUCACACCACGCAAAAAGUUUAGAACCUUUAGUUGCCUCUGGAAUGUACUUGACAGCUAGCAGUCCCAUGUCAACAUGGUCUUCACUAUGCAUUAAAAACACAUUACUUCCAUCUGCUGCAACUUUCACCUAUUCACAUAAAUUAAGGCUAACAUGUGGCAGUGAUCUUAAAGUAAUGUCCAUUUAAGAAUUUGUAAGGACCCUAUUAGGAAUUACAUGAUGACUUAUCACCAUACGCGUACAUGCACGCAAAUUAGUCUUAAAGAUUAAGGUUAAAAAAAAAAAAAAGAGUCUGACAUGUUCUCUCCCAAUCAGAACUAUACUUUCUGCUUCAGUGGCAUGGAAAUCAAAUGAGAAGUCCUUUCCAUCCAACACAUAUUAUCUGACAACCUUCACUACCCUAGCUCACUGCAUAAAGCCUUGUUGUAAGCCCUGUAAAAGUCGCAUGCUUCCAGAAAAGCAAUCUACAGAUUUAACAGCAGAAGUUUAUUAUAUCACAAAGCAAAGGAGCAUACACCCUCACCAACAUUUGGUUUAUAUUAAACAUAUAUUUCUUGCCCAAUACAUCAAGGCUAUUCCUAAUCACUGACCUUCUAGCCUAUUUCCACCAAAACUCUACGUUUUGGUUAUCCGUAUAGCUGCACAGUCCAUUUUUGUUCCUGAUAACACAUAAAUGGCAGUAUCUAGCUGCAACUAGUCAGCUUCAAUUUGCCACCUUUCUUUUUUUUUUUUCUCCAGUGUAUCACUGCUUGUAAGAGUGAAUGUUCCUAAAUGAUGCAUUCUAUGCCAUACAAGGUUUAACAGAUUUUACAUAGGACUCCAAUUGUUUCCUCUCUUAUCAAUCCAUUUUCAGCAUCUAGUUGUGAGGCAUUUUCUCAGUACUUCCAAUCACUUCUAUUGCUCAUAGCUAAAUAUUUUGUAACCUAUUUGACUCCAGCCAAUACCUGUACAGAAAACACAUCCCAGAUGAGCACAGUAGUGCAAGUGAGGGCAUGCCACUGCUCAGUCCUAGUUUUGCAAAUAACAGAGAAACUCCAGGGAAAUGCAACAUGAUUUGUUUCAAAAG